AGGGCUCUCCCGGGCCAGCCAGUCGGCGUUGGUCUUUAUUGAGCUACCUUGCGCCAAAAAACACGAUCCUAGUGUUAAUAAAACUAGUCACGGUCAGUCACGGUAAUCAGUGAUAUCAACCCGACAAUGCUGUGUGCAAAGAGGGACUGGGAUAAGACUAUAUCAUACAUAACGGUGAAUGAGCUAAUCUUAACCAAGCUCGACAACUUAGUCCAUAAUCAUCCUAUGGAAACAUUGUCUGAGGAUGCAAGAGACAUGAUCAACAGUAUAAGGUCAUCAUAUCAAGCGCACGAGAAGACCCUAAGCUUGAUUACCGAAAGAAUAGAAAUAGAAAAGGUCAAGUAUCAACUAUCCUUGAUUUCUGACACUGAAAAAGCUCAACGUGAGAUGCAAAAACAACAGGAGAUGCAAAAUGUGUUGAGCGAAAUUGAAUAAAAAAAAGAUCCUACUUCUCCCUACCAACCAUCUAGUACCUACUUCAAACUAUUCUUUCUAUUUUUGUUUCUCUAAUUAUCUCUUUAAUCAUUACCGCCAUGUGGAACCUGCGGCCAUUAGAUUAAGACAGUAUAAUUAAAGAUGUGUCCUAAAAUUAGAUGUGAUUUAAAAUAU